AUGAGUUUAAGUAAAAAACGGAAAGUCGAUACAGAGUGCCGUGUUUUUAACAAAAAGUGGAAUAAUGACUAUUUCUUCAUUGAACAAAAUAAUGUUGCUUUAUGCGUUAUUUGCAAGGAAAAGGUUGCUGUUUUGAAAGAAUAUAAUAUUGGUAGACAUUAUAAAAGCAAGCACGCAUCUACAUAUAACGACCUAUCUGGUAAACUACGAUCGGACAAAUUUGAAAUCUUAAAACAGAAUUUACUAGCUCAACAGUCAAUUUUUAUUAAACGGUCAUGUCAAAAUGAAUCUCUCGUAAAAGCAAGUUUUCAAGUAGCCCGUACUCUGGCGAUAGCCGGAAAACCGUUUACUGAUGGCCAAAUUGUAAAGGAGUGCAUUUUGAAAACAGUUGAAGAGAUUUGUCCCGAUAAAAUCAAUUUAUUCACCGGUAUUAGCUUCUUUAAAUAUUUUUCAAUUGCUUUGGAUGAAUCUACCGACACUUCAGACUCAGCGCAGGUGCUUUUAUUCGUUCGCGAAGUCAAUGAAUCUUUUGAAAUAACCGAAGAAUUGGCCGCCGUCCACUCAAUAAAAGACUCAUGUACUGGUAAUGAAAUUUUUUUGAAGGUAAAAGAAUCUAUUUUUACUUUGGGUCUUGAAUUUAGCAUUUUAAAAGGCGUAACUACUGAUGGUGAACGCAACAUGUGUGGAGCAUAUACAGGUUUGGUUGGAAAUAUUUGUAAAGCUGUAUUGGAGACUAUUAAAAGACAAGCAAUUCCAAACGUCUCACUAAAUAACUUACUCUUAUCAUAA